UAAACUUUUCACUCUGCAACAUCUUUAUCAUUGUACAUUGUACAUUGUACUGUAACACCUAUCGUAUUAGUAGGGCAUACUGCUAGCACUUUUCAAUUGUCAGACAACACCAUUAAUAAAAACAGAAGAGUUGAACGCUUACGAUGGACAUAUCUAACAAAGUAUUUUUCAUAACGGGGGCUGCUCAAGGCCUUGGAAAGGGGAUGGCAGAAGCGGCACUAAAAAGGGGCGGAAAGGUUUUUAUAGAAGAUAUCAACACAAAAAUCGGCGAGGAGACCUUAGCAGCCCUACAAAAGGAAUACGGAGCUGACAAUGUCAGAUUUGAAAAAUGCGACGUUACCAAAAAAGAUCAAUUUACAGCUACCUUUCAGUCGGCUGUGAAUAGUUUUGGUCACAUUGACGUGAUGGUGAAUAACGCAGGAAUCUUGAAUGAGAAGACGUGGGAAUUGAUGAUAGCGAUCAAUGUGAAUGCAGUGAUUUGGGGAACUAAUUUGGCCAUGGAACACAUGCGUAAGGAUAAAGGAGGUAGAGGAGGGGUGAUAAUAAAUAUGUCUUCGGAAGUAGGUUUGGCACCAUUAUUCUUUUUUCCGGUCUAUGGAGCUACAAAACAUGCGAUAGUUGGAUUUACUAAAAGCUGGGCGUCAAAUCCAAAUAUGCCCAGCAUGGGAGUGAGGUUGGCCUGCCUAUGUCCAUCCGCUGCAGACACAAAUCUUAUCCAUCCAAAACCAGAUCAAUGUAUUUGCUACGACAGUCUAAUGGCCGUUCACGACGUUCUUAAAAUCGUUCCAGUGUCUGCUGUGGGUGAUGCCUUCAUCAAACUAGUUCAGGACGAGGACAGCAAUGGGAAGCUGAUGGUCAUUACACCAGGGUCAGAUUCGUUUUACACGGAACAGUUGCUUGAUCCGCCGCUUGUGAUGCCCAAGCUUGAUACUAGUCAAGAUGCAAAAACAUAGAUCAAAGUGGCCUGGGUUGUGUGAUCGGCCUAAAGCUGAUAGACACUAGGUUCAUAUCCCAAUGUCGGCUGUCAGUUAGAGUGAUUUUUACCGACCCAAUGACCACUGCACAGACUUCUCUCUCACUACAGCGAUCUUGAACCUUAAUUCGAUUUAAGUACGCUUUACAGUCUUAACAGGAUUUAUUAUGGUUAAAAUGGUUGAGGUGUUUGUGGGUGCCGCCGCCCCGCCCCCCCCCCCCCCCCCCGCCGUUCCCCAUAUAAAAUACUCACUAUGUCAGGAUGAUAUCUCCUUCCUAAUUCGUCUUUAGGUUACACUGUACCAAAGCAAAAAGCUCUAUCUCAAAGUUCAAAUAUUUACAGAGUAAAAUUAGCUGCUGCUCUGGUUGGUAGUAAUAUGUAUCAUUGAUCAUUUAUGCAAAUACUAUUAUCCAAUAAAUAAAUACACUUUUAUUUAGUACCGGUAUACAAUUGUUACACCAGUGCAUAUUACCCCCAAAAAGGAAAAUGCGAUUUUCAGCAAAAAUUAGGGUUGCUAAUGAAAAUAUUAAUAACAUCUCUUAAAUGGUAUACACAUGAGCCCCAUUUUAUUACAGGUAGAUUUAAUUUGAGGUGCAACACUUUUUAUUUAUGUACAGUACUGCUUGGAUGAGUAGGCGUGCUGCUCAUAGCAGUUUUAUUGCUAAACGUUAACAUUGUUGGCUUUAGGAAGAUAUUUGGCACAAUGGUACCUUUGUAACUAGCUAGCGCUACAUCCAAGACAGGCUAGGUUUUAUUAAUUUAAACUACAAAGCCGAUUUUUUUUACAGAACAGAGUUCAGUGGAUAUUUUGAAAGAUGUGAGAGCAUACACUGACUGUCAAAACAGUAAUUAAUGAUACCAUGCAAGAAUAAAUUCAACAAACAAAUUAUCAAUUUAAUAUUUCAAUACUAACAUGAAGGAAAGGAAGUUAAAUAUAUUAUUUAAUCAUUGUAGGAGUUACCAAUGAUACUUUUUGUUAUGUUUAGUAAAAUUAUAUUGGCAAAUUUGUAACAAUUUCGAAAAUGUAAACAUUAUAAGUUCAGUUAAUAAACAUAUUCAAAUCUU